AUGUCCGACCCACUUCAGCCAUGGAAAGUCCGCGUAAUGAGGCCGGGCUCAAGCUGCUAUGACAUCCUCAGCAAGGAUAGCGACCCAUUUCUUUUCCAGAUGUUGAACAAUCUGCGCUACUGUCUGUUGGUCGAUGCACCUGGUCUCCAGUGUCUCGCCCACUUUACCCUGAAGCACAACCGCCGUCCGAAUCCUCGCUCGCUGAACACCAGGGUCCGUCAGAUCACGCAAGUGCUGGGCCAGUCUCCCCCUCUGAUUCAAAUCGUCGAGUUGACAACGGCGUUUGCCUCUGUUGAGCGACCAUGCGUCGACGGCAUCCCAUUCUUGGCGCGCCCGGCAACAGAACGACGUGCGAUGAUUUCUAUAAAGGUUUCCUAUAAUCUCUACCACCAAUUCCGCCUUCUUCAUCAUUCGACCCACCCAUCCGCCAGGGCCCAGUGCUUGAUGCUCUGCUUCUUCAUUCUCCGGGUUUUGCUCCACGAGCUUGCUCAGGUCAUGCGGUCCCUGUUUCACAAUGAGUCCUGCUUGGACAGGCAAAUCUCUGACAAUCUGUUUACCUUCACGUCUCGGGAGGGGGGAGGGUUAACAGGCUCAGCAUUCCGCGGAGAGGAUAUCACUGGAAUGACCGUAGAGGUUCGACGCGGGGUCAAACAUUACAUUGAUUUCGGGCGAGUCGAUCUGCUGAUGCACUUAGCAAGUGCCGAAUGGUCCGACUUGUCGCUCAAGCUCCGAGUCGCUGCUAGUAGCCUCCCCCGGGAUGUCCCGUUCUCUGCUCAGCCCUCCCUCCGUGCCGGCGGCAUUCACGACAACUGUCCCGAUUGUGAUGAGACAGAGGAUGAAGCCCCCUCUCCAGACAUCGAGGAUGAAGCAGAAGAUGAACAGCUUGCAAUGGCAUUGCUGGAAUUGGGACUAGAUGACGAGGACGAGGACGAGGACGACUCGGACUCAGACACGUCUUUUUCAAGUUCGGAAGAUGAGGGCCCCGGUCCAUUUGGUUAUCAUCUACGCCGCAUCUGUGGAACCUAG